AUGCCGCCAACCCGCACCCCGCAUCAGCACCCAGACAAGAAGCCCUACCCCGCCGCGGCGGCCUCGGCCCCGCCCACCCACCAAGCCAAGUCCGAGCCCAAGGCCCGCGCGUGGACGGGCGACGAGUACGUCGCCCUCUUCACCUUCGUCGUGGAGCACGGGUGCAGCAAGACGUCCAUCGGCGAGGCAGUGCCCGGGCGUACGGCGAACCAAAGCUAUCUCGCGUUCAAGUGGGUCACUGUGUCGGCGCGGCGCUCGCUGACGCGGAGGAGGAUCGUGCUGCCCAAGUGUCUUGCGGCGCCGUCGAAGGGCGGCGGGGAGAGGGUCAAGAGUGAGAAGUAG